UCUCCUGGUGGACGCUCUCUGUCUCCAUCGUCGGCACUGAGCUGCCAGUUGCCUAGUGACGGAAAACUAUCCACAGCUGCUGGUUUCCUGCGUUUUCAAAAUCUCAUCGCUGGCACUGAGCUAACCUGCGCCAAGUUUCCCAGACAGACCGUCCACAUGCUUAUCCCUCUGCUGCCGGAGAAUGGGACGAAGUAAAGACGCUGUUCUUAUCCGGGAUAUCGUGUAACAUUUCGGCGUUUCAGGUCGCGGUAGGAGGCAUUUAUGAAGAAUGAUGAAUAAUUAUAUUUUCAUCAGGGUCGUUGGGAAAGGGAGCUAUGGAGAAGUGAACUUGGUAAAACACAAAACAGACCGAAAACAGUAUGUUAUUAAGAAGCUGAAUUUAAUCACCUCCUCCAAGAGGGAACGGCGUGCUGCCGAGCAGGAGGCGCAGCUUCUGUCUCAACUUCGACACCCUAACAUUGUGACAUACAGGGAGUCUUGGGAAGGAGAUGACUGCCAGCUGUACAUUGCGAUGGGUUUCUGUGAAGGCGGUGACCUUUAUCAUCGACUCAAACAGCAAAAGGGCGAACUGUUACCUGAGAGGCAGGUGGUGGAGUGGUUUGUCCAGAUAGCCAUGGCACUCCAGUACCUGCAUGAGAGGAACAUUCUUCACCGGGACCUUAAAACACAGAACAUCUUCCUGACGAAGACCAACAUCAUCAAAGUAGGCGACCUUGGCAUUGCACGAGUAUUGGAGAACCAGAAUGACAUGGCCAGCACACUCAUAGGAACCCCUUACUACAUGAGUCCAGAGCUCUUUUCUAAUAAACCCUAUAACCACAAGUCAGAUGUAUGGGCCUUGGGUUGCUGUGUGUAUGAAAUGUCCACACUGAAACAUGCCUUCAACGCCAAGGACAUGAACUCACUGGUGUAUCGCAUUGUAGAAGGAAAGCUGCCACAGAUGCCCAGUAGGUAUGAUCCCCAGCUGGGAGAACUGAUCAAGAGCAUGCUGUGUAAGAGACCCGAAGACAGGCCUGAUGUCAAACUUAUCCUCCGGCAGCCUUACAUCAAACGACAAAUUGCCAUGUUCCUCGAGGCCACUAAAGAAAAAACUGCAAAGUCGAAAAAGAAAGCUUUGGGUGGCUGUGGUGAUCGUAGGACCAACAGUGCUUCGCCUGUGGCAUCAUCUCAGCCAAAACCUGAGAGAAGUCCCCAGCCUGAAACUCCAGCCAGGAUGAAAUGGAAAGACGAGAAAUCACAACAACAUAAAGUUCGGAAUGGCGUCCCCGACUGCACUCCAAUCCAAGCACCUCCACCACCUAAACCCUCCUCACCUGAUGCUCUCAAAGCCAGCAUUGCUUCCCUGGCAACCAUCAGUAACAUUAAUAUUGAUGUCCAACUGCAGGGUGAUGAGGACCUGAUAAAGAGACAAGUGCAAGGGCCGCAGCCUGUUGUGUCUCCACACCAGGCAGGUAAUGAACAUGUGACUCACAAAGACAACAAGGGACGGGGGAAACCAGAUCCCUCUCCCCCUCUGUCACCUGUUCAGCCCCCCUUGAAGUCUGUAUCAGGUUUUGGCAGUAGGGGAGGAGAUGAGAGGAGGACAUCCAAUGGUUUGUUAGACAUUCAUCCACAGGCCACGCCAAACCCGAGGGAGACAUUUUCUGUCUGUGGGGAGAAAAUGUCAGAUGUGGAUGAUAAGGAUGACACCAUGGAGUUACUUAAAGAGGCUGACAUGCAGUAUCCAAAGAUGGAAAUGGGGAAAGAGCCUGACUUUUAUGUCUCUGAGAGAAAAUCUGCACACAAAUGCAAUACAGAAAACAUGUCUGUGGAAGUGGAUAUAGAUGCUAAAAAUAACACUGUUACCCUUCUCAAAGGAGCUUCGCCACAACAACAUACCUCAAACAUCCAAGAAAACCUGGAAUCUACUGAAAAGCUGUUAGAGCCAUUUCCUCCAACACCGGAGCCUCUCCAAGAGGAUUUUCUCCCAGCAGCCAGUAAGCCGGAUCUGACCGCUCCAUACAGAACCCCACUGAACGUUUCACCAGAACCUUCUGUAUCACAGCAGCACAAAGGGAGAGACAUAAGACGGACACAUGGAGAUCAGGAAAGGUCCAAGGUGGUUGCUCCUAGACCUUUACCUCCACCUCCUGUUAAGAGCACAGCUGUGGAGGUGAGGAAGAGGGGCAAGAGGAGCACAGAGAACAAGAAAGCUAGUGUGGCCGCAACCUCCACAUCAACUAGUUCCUGUAAGGACGGAUACUUACCACUGCCACAGGGUCGUCCUCUGUCUGCCAGAGAGAGGAGAAGACUGAGGCAGUCCCUGGAGAGCUCCAGCCAACCAGGUGUUAGUGCUGGAAGAAGGGCAUCUUAUGAUGUCACUUCCACCAAGGAUGAGCACUACAAUACCCCAGUUACCAGAUCUGUUUCAGACACUAUCACUGAGAUCGACUAUAAGCAGAAUAAGCUACCAGAGCGAAGAUCAGAUGAAGAUGAGUGCAACUCCACAAGUUCCACAGAACGUUCAGAGGGAGACGGCAGAGAAAGGAAGACUGAAUCCAGUGACAUGCAGGAUUUAGUCCACAUGAUGACCCAGACAUUAAGAAUGGAUAUUGGAGACGGUAUGAGUGAGAUGGACAAAAGCAGAUUUGGCUCUACUGCGCUACCAGAAUUUAAACUGAACAGGAAGUACAGGGACACCCUGGUGCUUCAUGGAAAGGCUCGAGAGGAAGCAGAACACCUGUCACUCGGAGAAAUACCAACAGGUUCCACGUCUGGUCCAGCCAAGAUAAGGAGAGCUAUUGAACACCUGAGAACAGAUGUGGUGAAGGGAUUGGGGGUCAAGCUGCUGGACAGAGUCCUGGAAAUCAUGGAGGAGGAGGAUGACACCAAACGAGAACUGUGCCUUCGUGACCAGAUGGGAGAUGAGAAGUACCAAGCGUAUGCUGUGAUGGUGAGACAGCUGAAAUUCUUUGAGGAUAUUGCCCUCAAAGUUUGAAGAAAACGCUGUAUAUGAGGAAGCAUGCACACACUGCAUUUGACAUCAUUUGCAAGAAUGUGUCCAUGAUCUUGAGAGAUCUCGUAUAACAGGAAACUUUGUCGUUGGGAGAAAGGUUUCAGCUUUCAAGUGUAAACCUGUACUGAAGUAGUCACACUGCUUGUGUGGACUACAUUCUUCCUUCUGCUGGUAUGCAAAUAAGCAUUUGCCACAAAAUUGACAACAAUUGCCCUUGUGUGAACAAUCUUAUGUAAAUUACUGUGUAAAGUUUUUUUUGACCUCAUUAUUCAAACAGAAUGUAUAAUCAAUAGUUAUUGUUUGGCUGCCUAUGCAAAGAUUUCAUGUCAUGUUAAAGCUCUCUGUGGCUUUACUUUUCAUAGUGGAUAGUAGUUUGGUUAGUUAUAAUGCAAGACAGACCUACCUAUGCUGUAUCUUUGAAGACACUAGCUCUCACUUCUGCUGUUGUAUUCUUUUUUACAAAAUAAUGUAAUGUAGAUGUAUUGUAGAUAUUAACAUUUGAAUUAUUUCUAAUAAAUCCUAAAUGUAUUUGUUUACACCUACCUAUCCAUAAUGUUCAGAACUAUAAUAAAAACACUCCACUGAACAAA